GAGUUAAGGAAUCUCGAGGGUGGUGAAUGGUUGACGUUUCAACCAACGCAAAAUUCUAACAUUACACAAUGACACUUUUAUUACAAGAUUACAUACCUUGGUACAGUCAUUCUUCUCCGUAAACGUUAUGUGAGUUGUUUCAAAACAGUCCAAUUAGUCUCAUCUGUUUCAAAAAUUUACUAACUUACAAUGGGGGCCCAACAUUCCGGUCAUAAAGGACUUCCAAAACUGGAACCUCUACCUGCCCCUUAUGAUCCAUCCAAGAUCAUCACCCGGGACCAGUGGGGCGCAGUCCCCGGGCAGGUGGAACGUUUUGCUCCCCUGAAACAUCCCCUGAAGAAGGUUAGGGUGGUUUACACACACACUGACCCUUGCUACAACGUCAACCAGUGCAGCAGGAUUUUAAGGGAGCUGCAGGAAGACCAUAUGUGGGUGGGAUGUCCUGAUAUAAUGCACAAUUUCCUCGUAGGUGCAGACGGUAACAUAUAUGAGGGUCGAGGGUGGGACCAUGAAAGUUGUGCAAUGCAAGGACAGUGGGUGCUCAAGGGUCGAACACUCGAUAUAGGCUUCAUAGGACCUUACUUGGAGAUGGAUGUACCAGAAAAUAUGAUUAAGACGGCAAAAACGAUAGUGUUGUACGGGAUAAAACAUAAGUAUUUAACAGAAGACGUCCAAACUGGAACAGUAGACCACUUGGGAGACAAAGAAGAAGAAGAAGAAGAAGAAGAAGAUAAGCUAUGACACCAUUGCGUGGCGUUUGACUGUAGAUGUCAACAUUAAAAGGGUCAAAUUGAAAUACAUCACAUGAACAUUUCUUAAGAA